AUGGGAGAUGUCAGAGAAUCAAAAAUGCAAAUAACACCUGAAACUCCAGGAAGAAUUCCUGUUUUAAAUCCUUUUGAAAGUCCUGGUGAUUACUCCAAUCUCCACGAACAAACUGUCUCCAGUCCUUCUGUUUUUAAAUCGACAGAAUUACCAACUCCAGGGGAAUUUAGAUGGUCUAUUGAUCAACUAGCCGUAAUAAAUCCUGUAGAAAUAGACCCAGAAGACAUUCAUCGUCAAGCUUUAUACUUAAGUCGUUCUCGUUUUUCACUAAGGAUGUCAUCGUACCCUCUCCUUGGACUGAUCAUGAAGGGAAGCAGCUUUCAGAGUAUGAUUCCAGUAAAUGUUGACAUCAUGGAGAGCAAAGCUGCUUUCCCUAAAAAGUAUCUCUUGGUGCCGCCUUACUUGCUGUG